GACAAGAGUAUCGUUUCAUUCUUGACCUUCUGCUGCUGGAUUUGCUUAAAGCCUCUAAAGAUCAGACAAUGACGCUGAGUAGCAUGGAGGAAGAGGUGCAACAACGAACUGGCGUAGUCUUUACUGCUUUACACGAUAUUGUUGUUGAAACUGAGUUUGGUUCACAGGGCGUCGAGGACUUCAUAGACAACGAUUCCCACUUCUUAAAAAUGGUCAAUUUGACGGAAGAGAUAAAGGCAAAGAAUGAAAUGGAAAUUGAAAAUCCAUCAAAUCAAGUGGAGACGAAGAUCGAUCUUGCACACGCUCGCUGUCGUUCUUGUAAGGAUUACGUAGAGAAGUGUAGACAGGUUCCAAAUGCUACCACGGCCAUAAUUGGAGAAAGCACCUUUGACGACGAAGCGGCAGUGGAGAAGUGGCCAUUCGGAGUGCUCAACAUUCUUUGUUGGUUUUGUCCAAAAAUUCACCACAUAAAUAUUACCGGUUGUAAAAAAUCUGGUGACUUUCCAAGAAUCAUUGAUUAUCUGGAUCCUUCAUUCCUUGUCCAUUGCAAAGACGCUGACGAACAAAUUCGAAAUAUCAUAUCAGAGGAUUCGAUAUCAACCUUCGUAAUUCGUAAGGGUUGGUCUCUUCUUCAUAGCGCCGUAUUUCUUGGGGACGUUAACCUGACAAAGGAGCUUCUCGCCAAAAGAAGUUGGGAUGAGGAAGAUAUUUUUAAAACUUCAGUAGAGUUGGCCAUUUUUUUGCACAACUGCGAGGUUUUGGAAUUGUUUAGAGAAGAAAAAAACAUUGAUAGUUUCAUGAGCCCGUUAAGACUAGUUGAACUGAGUCUACUAUCGUCCUCCCUGUCUACUGACGUCCACCCUGUAGAAGUAAUAAUCAACAACAAAGACGUCUUGCAAGCAACAAUGGAUGCGCACAACUCUUCACAUCAUUGCAGUUUUAUGAAACUGCUUCGCACAUUUUACGGAAAGGAUGACAAGGAUUCAAAACUAAAACUUGAACUUCUAGAGGGAAUAUUACGAACGAUACGGGCCAAUGCAAGAUUAGAUCGUCCUCCACUGUUUUCAUGCUGGAACGAAAUUGCAAUUCGUGACACUGUGGAAGAAUUAAUGAAAGAAACUGGAAGCUCAUCCAGCGGCGAAGUGGAAGGUAAUCCCUACUUGAUGUUCGCUAUACCCAACGUGCCGCUGGCUAGCUUUCUUAUCGAUAAAGGUGCCUACAUCGACCAGACGGAUGGUUCAGGGUGUACAACUCUUUUUCAAGCUGUGAGCGAGUGGCUGACUCGUCCCUCUUCUCAAAUAGAAGUAUUCGUUUACUUUUUACUUGUUAGAGGAGCUAAUCCCAAUUUGAAAAAUAACUGUGGAGAAACUCCACUUGCAAAGAGUUUGUCGACAUUUGAGGCCAUAAGGAAUAAGGAUCAUUUGCUAGAAAUUUGGCGUUGUCUCUUAGAAUCCGGAGCUAAGGCCAAAACCAAGGACGACUCUGAUAGAUCUCCCCUUCAUAUACUUGUAAGCCCAUCUCGCAAACUAUCACCUACAUGUAAAACUCUAUGUGAAGGCAUUGAACUCUUUCACAAACAUGGAUGCGCAAUUAACUGUAGAGAUGCUGACGGGAACACUCCACUGCAUCUAUGGGCGAGGUUACCAGUUAAGAACAAAAACAACGAGGAAGUUGGAAAUAGAAUAAUCGACUGCGGAGGAGCCGUCAAUUCAAGAAAUGACAGCGGGGAGACACCGCUGCAUCUCGCACAGUUCUGGGAACAGGUAGAUUUGUUACUAAGACAAGGAGCACAGCCAAACGCGCAAGACCUCAGCGGAGAAACCUCUUUACACAAGUUCGUUAACAGAGAGACUUUAAUAACAGAUAAGGUAAAGGUGGGUCGAUGGAAGAAGUGCUUUACCUCUGGAAUAGAUCCAUGGGUGAAAAAUGAAGAUGGAGUAUGCCCAUUUCAAGUUCUCUUAGAAAAGGGCUUUCUGAAAAGCUCGUUGAGGCUACUGAAAGUAAUUUUCGAACACUGUGAUAAAGAAACGUUUGAAUCUGUACGAUGUUUUAAAGAUUCCGAAGGGAACUCCCCACUGCACUUGGCUUGUAUCACUCAAGCUGAGGCCAUCUGUGAGUAUAUGCUUCAAAAAGGGUUUGACGUGAACAAACAAAACCAUCGUUUGCAGACACCGUUGUGUUUGGUAUGCAGCAGGGUGGGAGGAUUGCCACUGAAAAACAUCCAAAACUCCAUCCUUUUACUACGGAAAUACCACGCUGAUCCCAAAAUACCAGAUGCUGAUGAAAACACGUGCCAGGCGUUGCUCAAUGGGCAUGAGGACCUAAAGAGAUUACUGCGAAUAGAUAUCGAGAAAGAGCCAAUUUCACCCAUUAUGAAGUGGCGCAAGGCGUCCGAAAAGCACAAGGAUGCACUCUGUGACAUUUCCUGUGGCCAAAACUGUCAAAGAGUUGAAAGCUAUUAUCACCACAAACGCUAUAUUGGCAAAGGCUCGUUUUCGUUAGUCUUUCCUGCUCUGGAUGAAAGAGAUGGGAGAGAAUUAGCACUAAAGCGACUAGAAAAAGCCAGGUUAGAAGAUGCGAACUUCAGAAGGGAGAUUGAAUGUCUCAUGAAACUUAAUGAUUGUCCAGCUGUAGUAAACUACAUCUGCAGCUUUAGCAGCUCCGACUUCCAAUACAUAGUUGUUGAGCUAAUGGAAGGAACACUGGAUGAAUAUCUCUGCACAGAGCAUGAGGGAGUAAAUGCAGUUGGGAUCUGUUUUGACAUAUACUCUGGUAUAGAGUAUCUACACAAAAAUGAAGUUAUUCACAGAGAUUUAAAACCUCAGAACAUCUUGUACAAAACUACGCCGUCGCUAAAGAUGAAAAUUGGAGAUUUUGGGCUGAGUAAAAUUCUUCAGACGACGAAAUCUUUUAGCUCGAGUGACACAGUAAUGCACUCAAGGGUUGGAACAAAGUGUUGGAAAGCUCCGGAACUCCUCGCAAAUGACGGUCAAAGCAAGUAUAGCAAGGAGUCUGAUAUUUUCAGUUGUGGUUUGCUCUUCCACUACAGCCUAUCCAGAAGAAAGCAUCCCUUUCAUGACUUGAAAGAGUCUCCAGGACAGAUGGGUUCCCCGAAUACAAAUGAGAACAUAAAAGAUAACAUCAGAAAAAAUAAGACAUACUUUUGUCCCUCUCUUUCGGCGGAGGCUGUCCAUAUUCUGAAAAGAAUGUUGUCAACCACACCUAACGAAAGGCCAACGGCUUCCUCCCUCAAGACCUUUCCCUUAUUUUGGGAUAACGCAACGAAGAUGAACUUUCUCAAGAAAGUGGCAAUGGAGAAUGAGUUCAAAGAGCUUAGAUCUACUCUCACUCGCCGGUUGACCGAUGUAGAGAAAAAAUUAGAGAAACAAAUGAAAAACGCUCUUCCGUGGACGUCAAACAGUCUAAUCAAAGAUAUACAUUUGGAGGUCACAAGUAAUUCUAAAUGGAGAAGUGAGUACGACACAAAUUCGGCUGUCGAACUCGUGAGGUUCAUAAGAAAUGCGCACGACCACCCCAAACCUCUUUCGAGAAAAGUCAAAUCUUUACUGGCUAAAAAUGUUUUUCUAGAACAUUUUCCUCAUUUGCUUACGGACGUUUUCGAAUCAUGUCAACAGUGGAAAAAUAGAGCAGAACUCAAAUCAUUUUAUGAGUAGGUUACACUAGCACGUACCGAUGGAAACUUUAUACUCACCACGAUCUAUUUCACUUCGGUAAAUCGGACACGCACACCACGGUCUCUUUUUGGCUUUGGAUACUGAGUGUACCAUUUGAUAUCUUCACUUGCUGUUGUAUUGCUGAUACCCCACAUACAAAUACCCUAGACAACAUAUCAACACAAAGCUCUCCACGUGUCUCUAUCCAAGCAGUCUCCGAGUAACUAACUUUGAUCAGCUUCACAGCGGUGACAAUGGCUUAUCUCACAGAAAAUAAGUUGUUUAAGAUUAUCCCGAGGUAUUUCGGGGAACAGUAAAAAUAGGACAUUGUGGAGAGUGCUGAGCAAGUUGUUCAUUCCCUAACGGUGUUUAAAUGUAAGCUGAGUCAGGAUUAACAUUUGCUUGAACAAUAAAGGAUUGUUGAUUGAUGUUAAGAAAGUUUUUGCAGCGUUCCUUGAACUAUACCGGGCACGUGGCUGAUGAAACUCCGAUCAGCAGUUGAGGGGCUUGAAUGAAAUGAUGAGGAGUCUGAGUUAAAUUUCGAGUCACUCCAGGAUUACUCUGUGAAC